UAUAUCCAAAUCUCUCUGCCUGCAGAAUGCCAACAUUCAACAGGAGGAAGUUGUUCGAGGUCAAAGGAACUCUGAAGACCUCAGCUGAAGAGUGGAAAUCUGAAAUAAAACGUGUGGUUAUGGCUCAGAUAUCUCCAAAUUCAUACAGAGGGGGAAGAGCAGCCCUGGUGAUCUGUGAAACUAUCAACAAAGCCAAAGAGAUCCACGAUGAGCUGAAAAGCAGCAUCCCAGGUGAGAUCAUUCUCUACUGUCGAAGUGACAAUGACAGUUUGAGCAAAAUAGAUAAGAAACUGCUUCCUGGUGACGUCAUUGUUGCCACAAACCUUGCAGGACGCGGCACAAACAUAAAAGUGUCCAAAGAGGUGAACAGUAAUGGAGGAUUAUUUGUGGUUCUGUCCUUCCUUUCUGAGAACACAAGAGUGGAACUCCAGGCUUUUGGUCGAACUGCACGUAAAGGUGAACCUGGAUCUGCUCUCAUAAUCAUGUCCUCUGAACACCUGCAGCAGUCCUUCUCAACAGUGUCAUCUCUGGAGGAAGCUAAGAACACAAGGGAUAGACUUGCAGCAGAAAAGAUAAAUCACAUGAUGAAUGAUGUCUCUGAGAUGAAACUGCGGGAGGACCUGUUUUCAGACUACUGCAAGACACUUCAAGGUAUUCAUAAGAAUGCAGAUGGAGAUGACAGAAGAGCUGUUGUUGCCAUCAUGAAUGAGUUCUGGGGGAUAUGGCUGCAAACUAAAUCAGAAGACAUUGAACAGCUGAAGAGAGAUGAACUGCAAAAGAGUUUGAAAAGUGACUUGUCAUUGGCAAAAAGUCAGUCUCAGAGUCACACUUCACCAUGUGCCAGCAUUUAUCAUUACAUCAAGUUCGGAAAUAUCGCAAUGAGUGAAAAACAAUGGGACGUCAGCGCCAGGCUCUUUGAAAAAGCCAUGAAACAAGAUGCUAGCUGGGCAGCCAUAGCCUUUUACAGUCAUGCAUACUGCACUGUAAAGCAGAGGAGUGUAGAUUACCUCAGUGAGGCCAAAGAUGAUCUUUCAAAGGCACUGGAGUCUCUGAAGUAUCUCAGUGAGGAAUCCAUGGUGUGUCUGCAGUUUGUGAAAAUGUCUUCAGCAGACUCAGACAACACUAACCCAACCAGCCUUGAAAAACAACUAAUAAUCAAGGGCAGAAUGUUGGGUUACUUGGACAAAAACAUUAGUGAAGCCAUCCAAAAGUUGAAUGAAAUUAAAGAAAGGGGAAGAGAUGCACUGGUCAAAAAGUCACCAAUUUUCUCCCUGGUGCCGAGUGCUGAUGAAGAUCUCCAAGUGGAAGCCUACAACCUCUAUAGUCAAGGUUGGAAAUAUGUGUUUUCUGUGGAAGAGAAGCCUCGUUUCUCAUGGGAAGGUCUGUUGGUGUUCUUUCUUGGAAUUUUACAGAUCGUUGGAGGAGCACUGCUCACUGCAUCUACAUUUGGUGCAUUAGCUCAAGUCGGCAUGGGACUCAUCACUGAAGGAAUAUCUGACUGCAUUUCUGGCAUUGAAGCCAUGGUGACUGGAGAAUUCAGCUGGACAUCAUGGGCUAUCGAAAAAGCCAUUUCUAUUGGAGUAUCCCUCAUUGGGUUUGGAGUUGGAAAGCUGAUUGCAAAGGGCUUCAAAGCUUCCAAAAUGUUGAUUAAAGGAUUUGGUAAACAGUUGAAGGCAAUACCAAAGUUUCUCUCCAGACAGGCUAAAGACGGUUUAAGCUUUGUUACAAAGACAAAUAUGAAGAAUGCAGUAAAACACAUGACGAAAAAGAUGGUGGAGGAAAUCAUUACCUAUGGACUUGGAAAGGCAGAAAAGGAAAUGCUGAAACAAAUACUACAAAGCCUCAAAAAGGAGGUGAAAAAGGGAAUUGUUGAUGACGUGAAAUCCAACAUAGAAAAAGAGCCCUUGUCUACAUUGAUAGACUCCAUUGUCCUCUCACAUAUUACGGACAAAGAGCAAGUUCAUUUUCUCUUGAAGGACAAGAACAGUAAAAGUAAACUGCUGGCUAUUUUCAAAUCUUUCAGCAGUACUGCAGCACAGACGCUCUAUGCAGACCUUGUCUGGCAGAAAAAGCUAAACACAUCCUUCUCCAAAGUGAUUGGCCGAGCCAAAGCAGAGGCCAAAGGAAUAGUUCGUGGAAUUCUGACAGCCAUCCAAGUCGCCCACAUGGUGGUGCUGGUAGGAGACACUGUUCAUGCAAUGCUCACCCUGUCCACCAAGUUUUUCUCAAACUAUUGUGAUCAACUGAAAACAUUUCAAAAAGCAAACACUUCUUCAGAGAAAGUUAUGGUGACUCAGUUGUCUGCCGCAGAAACUGAAAUGCUGAAAGAAUUCAAGAGAGAUGUGGCCGACAACAUCAGUACUUUAUUGGCUGAUGCUUUCGCAGAAGUGUUCCACCAAAAGCUCUCCAGUCACAUUGUUUCUCAGGUUCAAGGCCAGGUAAAUGGCGUCAUUGGUCGUUAUGUCAGAACUGGCUUAAAGAGUGACAGAACAGAGGAAAAACUCAGAGCUGGACAGAAUAACAGAUACAUCUCAUACAUGCCAGGAAAUGUGAAUUCAAAAUACAAACUUACAGGCAAAGAAGGUCAACACUCACAGUUACAUGCUGAAAAGAUCAAGAACCCCAUGACUGAGGGCACCAUUCUUGAUAUCAGAGUCCUGGCAGAAGCCAGAGGCACAAAGGUUGUCAUUCUCACAGAAGACAGCCAUGGCAAACUUACCAAAAUGCAGGAGUUAAGUCCAAGCACUGAACCCGCCAGUCAAACUGUGACACUCAUCUACAGACCAAAGAGUGCCCAAUACCCCGACGGCCAUUACGAUGUGCAAGUCAAUAAUCAGAUAGUGAACAUAGUCAGCAAAGACAACAACUGUCUGUUUCAUGCAUUGGCACGAGGCAUGAAACCACAGGCCAGUGAAGAAGAGAUCGCUUUGGAAGCAGACCGCCUCCGAUCUGUGGAGGCCGACACUCUCCUCAGACAACCAGGCCAAUGGGACUCUAUCAUCAAGCGCAAAGAGUGGACUGACAAAAUCAGAGGAGGAGACUGGUAUUUGGCAGAAGGAGGUGCACGAGCAAACCAACAAAAAAUAAAAGAAACUAAAAAAGUCCUCAAGAAAGAGGUUGGAAAAGUACAAAAAUACAAGGAAUGGAAAAAAUAUGCAAUGCAAAAUCCAGGAAUGGGACAGUUCAUCAAUGCAGAUCACCAGCCACCAGUCAACAGUAUACUGGAAGCUCAAACAAUGAACCAGAAUAGCAGAUUAGCAGAAGCCAUGCUUGAAGUUGCAACAAACUCAUCUCCUCUGAAGCCCAAUCUGAUUCCUAAAGUGCACAAACAUCAUGGCCGUGAACUUCUAACGGUUUAUGUGCCUCGAGAAACACAUUAUGAGUUUCCCAGUACAAAAUCAAAAGCCUUCAGACAGUGUUUAGCUGAAACCAUAAGCAACGAUGAUGUUGUGGGCACCUUCAAGCUGACGAUCCUUGGUUCAAUGCCAAGAUUCAAGCUGGAUAACACCAAGAACUUUAACAACUUUCAGAACACAAAACAGAGCCAAACCAGACUUGCCAUUCUUGAGAGCAGUUUUCAGCAACACAGCACAAAGCUGGUAGAACAAUGGUUCAACCUGCUCCAAGGCAAGAAUGUCAUGUCAGGUAAUGAUCUUACCACCAUUACCACAUGGAUCAACCACAAGUGCUACAAUAAUAACAACGAUCCACACAGGAACCAAGUCUCCAACCUUCUGUAAUAAAAAGAUCCUCUGAUCCUCUCUAGGACCUUCUGUCAUGUCACCUUCCCCAACUCAACAAGGACAGACAAGAAGAAGAGAGAUGGAGGCACUAACUGGAUGGAAACAAACUUCAAACAUCCAAGAGGCUUAACUUCAACCCUUCCAGCGCUGUGGCUAUGGGGACCACAGCUGAUGCUUUUCUCCCACAUUUUUUGCUUUUCAUAUUUUGCACUUUUUGUUUUGAGGUAGCCCUGGUUGGACGUAGACUGUACAUUGAUAUUAAGUAGUGCGAGGAACUGAGGCUGACUGUUGGUAAAGCAUUUAUCUGCAGGAUUGUAUUGGCUUCUGUAUUUAGUUUUUGGGAGACAGGAGUUGGCUUAACUAUUGUGAUAAGUUCUGAUAACUCAGUAGUGUAAGAUGUUUGCUUUUGAACUGCAAUUGAGAAUUGACUGCUUCUGUUUAUUAACUUUGUGUUUUAGUUCAAUUUGUCUUUUCUCACUCUUGUCUAAUCAUGUUUGGGAUGAGAUCAUGAAUUCAAAGGGAAAAAAUAAGUAUAGAAAGACAUAAUAGGAAAACAAAGACUUCAAAUAUAUAUAUGCUUUCAUUUAAUUGCCAAUAUAUGAGUUCUCAAUUCCUUCAGUAAAUGUAAUGAAAAUCUCAGAAGAAUAAUGAUAAAGUCAAUAUGAUAAAAUCAUUUGGUCUCAUUUAUGUCUGGGAAAUAGUUUAACCAAGUAAUGAAAAUAGUUUGGACCUUAUUUCUUGAAUGGAACACAAUUAUUUGGAUCUAAAUUUGCAUGAUGUUAAACAUGACAUUUUAAUGGAAGUGGAAGACACGGCAAUUUUUGAUCUCAAAAUUGUUUUUGAAUUUUGACAAACAAGAAUUCAAGAAGCUGUAACUGGUCAAAUGAUCUACUGUUUAAUUACAAAAUAGAAUGAUGUUGUACCCAAAUUGCAUUUUGAUUGUAAUUAUUGUUUUUAUUAUUAUUAUUAGUAAUUAUUGUUUAAUCUGUGGAAAUAUUCAUAGAA